AUGACGAUUUUUCCAGAUGUCACUGCCAUCCGUGUGUUGGUAUUGAUGGAACUGGUGGAUGUCAGCAGCUCAGCAGCAGUCAGAUCUCUCUUCCAGGUAGCAGUAAAGGCCACCUCUUCCCCUGCUGACCGAUCUUCUUCUCACCAGCAAAGUCUCUUUGAGUAUCUUAUUGGAGUGGAGAACACACUAAUGCCUAGCCUAGUAGCUUGUGAAACCCUGGACAGCUUCUGGGAGUCUGCAGAUGACACCAAGCUGAGUGAGGUAGUUGACAUGCCUGUGGGAUGGGAUGUCAUCCAGGUGAACCGGAACAACCUGAAGAAGUGGGUCUAUGUGAACCUCAUAAGGUUUGAUGAGACUGAGUGCAAGGUCCUGCAAGCAGGAAGACAGAACUCGGAAUCCAGCGUUUCUUCCAGCUCCUCCUGCUGUUCGGAUGCUGUGAAUGUUACAGACCAGGACAAAUCGUUUCAUGGGUUACCUGAGUUAAUUGAUAAGUGUUGGUGGAUAAAAAGCUUUUUCCAUAGUGAACCCUCUCCACCAGCUGUUGGCAGAAAAACACUAUCAGCAAGCAGGUCCAUGGCCUGCCUUGUUCAUUACAGAGUUACUGUAAUUUGGGAUGUCUCUCUAAUGGAAGUUACCAGGAUUAAAGAUCUUGAUGACUUACUUGGAUAG